CACCAUGGCCAAUCCUGGGAACAGAAGAGGGAUCUACCGCCCCUUGACCCUUACCUGCUCCCUGCUCAUUGUGGGAAUGUGCUGUGUGUCUCCUUUCUUCUGCCAUAGCCAGACAGACCUGCUGGCCCUUAAUCAAGCUGAUCCUCAGUGCUGGGAAUCUUCUUCAGUGCUCCUCCUAGAAAUGCGGAAGCCUCGAAUUUCUAACACUGUUUCAGGUUUCUGGGAUUUUAUGAUCUACCUAAAGUCAUCUGAGAACUUGAAGCACGGGGCACUGUUUUGGGAUCUGGCCCAACUCUUCUGGGACAUCUAUGUGGACUGUGUCCUCUCCAGGAACCAUGGCUUAGGAAGGAGGCAAUUGGCUGGGAAGGAAGAGGAGAUUUCAGCAGUGCGUCCACAGCACACAGGGAGAAAACAAGGUUCAUAUUCUCAGCAGCUAAGAACACCUUUCCUAAAGAAGAAAGAGUUGAUUGAAGGUGUGAUAAGCAUGCACUUGCACGGAAGUGGGUCUAAGCUCAUUGGGAAAGUCACCCGUGGCCUGGAAAUAAAGAGAAAGUAAAUCUAACCUCAGCGCUAACUCGUAUCUUGGAACUAAAAAAACAUUGUUUCCUUGACUCUUGAUCAUUUAAUUACUUGAAAUGGUGGGAAUGUCCAGAGGUAUGUCCAUGUUCUCUCAGCGUACCUACUUAAGGUUUUUCAUUAUUUUAGCCUGCUAGCAUGUUCCUUCAAAGGGUGGCUUUACUGCCAGCUCAUCCCACUGUCUGAAAGAGUUAAAAUAGCUUCCAAAGAUGACCAGGGGAUUGGACGAGUCACAUUGUUUGUAUUCACUCUGAUCAGUUGUUCUGGGAUGCUGGAUCUUGGUGAACUGGAGUGCCAUACAUUUAACUUGAAUACACUGCAUGACUUCUAAGCCAGUAGCCACUGCUUACGUACAGGCAUAAUGGGCUAUAUUUAUUACCAGUUACUGACUGUCUAUAAUACCUAAAUCUUGUUUGAAAGAAUAUUUUUGAAUAAUGAAUAAAACAACAAGAAAAACCAUAUGCAAUGGCAAAUAAAGCAUUCUUCUAAUGGAAACAAAAUUAAUAAAAGCUCUGGAUCCCAA